AUGCCCGAACCUAACCCGGAUUACCCAAACGGCUUCUCCGCCAACAAACGCUCAAAACCCCAACCCUCUACUUCGGCUACUCCGUUGCCAGUCCCGCUGGGGCACGUCUCGUUCCGUCUGCUCUGCCACGCGUCGAGAAUUGGCGGCAUAAUAGGAAAGGGCGGCAGCAUAAUAAGAGGCUUGCAGCUACAGACCGGAGCUAAGAUCCGAAUAGAAGAUGCCCCGCCCGAAUCACCGGAUCGAGCGAUAACGAUAAUUGGUGCGAAUACGCAAUCGGCGGUGGUAUUUAGUGGGAUUGAGAGUGGAAUUGAGGUUUCGAAGGGGCAGGAGGCGUUGGUUAGGGUUUUUGAGAGGAUAUUAGAGGUGGCGGCGGAGAGUGAUUCGGUGGCGGGUGGGGUGGUUUCGUGUAGGUUGUUGGCGGAGGUGAGUUCGGUUGGGGCGGUUAUUGGGAAAGAAGGGAGAGUAGUGGAGAAGAUUAGGAAAGAUUGUGGGUGUAAAAUUAAGGUUUUGAGUGAUAAAUUGCCUGCUUGUGCAGCUUCUAAUGAAGAGAUGAUUGAGAUUGAAGGGGAUGUUUCAGCUGUAAAGAAAGGACUUGUUGCGGUUUCUCGCUGCCUUCAAAAUUGUCAACCGGUUGAUAAGAUAAGGGUGACCAGCAGCAAACCUGGUGAGGCAGUUUCCAGAGUUUCUUUGGCUGAAGUGCGUGUAGAGAUUCCUCCACAGCAUUCAUUAGGGCUACCUACCAUUCCACAGCAUUCUUUGGGGCUAUCCACUGUACGAAAUAACUCCAUUAAUUAUGCAUCAGGAGUUCAUCCUUUGUCGUUGGAGUCCCACAAGGUCGGCACUCUGGACACAAGUAUACCACAACAGCAAGUGGUUUUCAGAAUUCUGUGUACUAAUGAUAGGGUUGGGGGCGUUAUUGGAAAGGGUGGCAACAUUGUCAAGGCUAUUCAGAAUGAGACAGGUGCUACAAUAAGCAUAGGACCUACGGUGGCAGAGUGUGAUGAGCGACUGAUCACUGUUACUGCAUCUGAGAACCCUGAGUCUCGGUACUCAGCUGCACAGAAGACUGUUGAACUUGUUUUCUCGAGGGUUGUGGAGUCUGGCAUUGAAAAGGGUCUAGAUCCAGGCUCAAGUAAGGGGUUCCCAGUUACUGCAAGGCUUCUAGUUUCACCAAGCCAAGUUGGCUGUUUGUUGGGAAAAAAAGGCGCUAUAAUUUUAGAAAUGCGUAAGGCAACCAGUACCAGCAUGCAAAUAAUAGGGGGCGACCAGCGUAACCCUAAGUGUGUGCCAGAGACAGAUCGUGUGGUAGAGAUUAUAGGAGACUUCAUGAACGUGAAAGAUGCAAUAUACCACGUUACUGGAAAACUCCGAGAUAAUCUUUUCUCUAGCAUUCUGAGCACUUCUGGAGUAAGGAGCAGUUCUUCUGUAUUAGCUGAGACCGGUCCCUAUGUGAGAUUGAUGGACCCAAUGAGGGAUGCCAUGAGGGAUACGCUGAGGAAUCAAUCAUGGGAACCACAGAGGGAUAUUUUGAGGGAUCCAUUGAGAGAGCCACUGAGGGAUUCAUUUAGGGAUCCAUUGAGAGACCCACUAAGGGAUACAUUUAGGGAUUCAUUGAGGGAAACUGUGAGGGAUCCUUUGAGGGAACCAUUGAGGGAUCCAUUGAGGGAACCAGUGAGGGAUCCAUUGAGGGAUCCAUUGAGGGAACCAUUGAGGGAUUCUGCCUCUUUUAUUUUGCAGCCAACUGUGGGUAUUUCUCAUAAUCUAAAUCAUCGAACUGCUAUAACACAGAGUAUGGAUCAUCUUGGACUUUCACAUAGUUUAGAUCGUCCUCCUUCACCAAGGCUAUGGGCAUCACAGACAAUACCUGGAGUAAAUCCACGGGGCAUAUCAGAUCUCAGCAGAGGAUUGCCUUCUUUUAAACCUGGCUUAGAGCAUGGCAGUGGAGGCAAGUCUGCUUUUGUUACAAAUACAACUGUAGAGAUCAUAGUUCCUGAAAAUGCUUUUGGCUCUGUAUAUGGGAAGAAUGGUAGCAAUCUAGCUCGUUUGAGACAGAUCUCAGGUGCCAAAGUAAUAGUGCAUGAACCUCGCUUAGGAACAAGUGACAGGUUUGUUGUUAUAUCUGGGACCCCUGAUGAAACCCAAGCAGCUCAGAGCCUCCUUCAAGCAUUUAUCCUCACUGGACAAUCUUGA